UUAGAGCCCAAAAGAAAAUGAGUUUAGGAAAGAAAUAGAGGGGAGAGAAAAACAGAGAGACAGGGAGGGGGAGAGAAACAAAAAGCAGAGACAGAGAGGGUUUUUAGAGUUUUAGUUGUUUGGGGGAUUUGAGGAGGUAUCAAUGCAAGCCCGUUAUCAUAUAGUUUCUAAGGAGUUACCUUUUUUGAAUACAGACAAGUAAACGAAUCUGCUUUGGGUACUUGAAGAGUUAUUUUAAAUCUUUUAGGGUUCUUUGUUCAGAUUAGGGAAUGGAACACUAAGUGUGAAAGAUGCUGAUAAGUCGCUUCUUCACUUCCAAAAUAUCAGGACCAUUUAUGAUGUAAAUUGGAGUAGUAAUUUUUCAUGGUCAGCAUGAAUUUCAUAUGGGAAUCAUAAAAAAGGAGCUAAUCGGUGGCAUCGAAAGAGCUGGACAUUUCCGAUAUUAGCAUAGUUCAGGUGAAAUGUUGAUACAGAGUUCUCUUCCCAGUUCAAUUGAAGCUGCUCUAUUUCAUGUAUCUAUUCUCAGGAAAGAAGAUCUUAUGUGUAAUAGGAUGCCUGGUGCUGAAACUUGGCAGAUGAUUCCAAAAUGUGAAGAACCCAAUGAUAGACUCAAUGAAGCUACUUCAGUCACAAAGAAAAAAGACAAUGCUAAUGAUAUAUGCCCCUUAAACUUUUCUGAACUUUCUCAGUUAUCUACUGUCAGUCCAAUGUCCGAAAGUCCUGCACCUAAGUUUGUAUACGUAAGAAGAAAGCAACAAGGGAAUUCUUCAUUCGAUUUCCCAAUACAGACUUCUGUAAAAGCAAAGAGAGCUGUUGAUUGUCGUUCUGUUGUGAAUUUCAGUGCUCCUUCAGUGGCAGUGGAGGAACAACCUGUAGAUUCUCUUAAUGAGCUUCAAACUCUAGCCGUUGGAGUUACUGUCAGGCCUCCUCCUGUAUUCAAUGUUGAGCCUAACGUUUUAAAGUCGGAAACUAUAAAUGGAUCUUCAUUUAUAGAAGAACGUGGUUCUAAUGAAGCAGCAAAAAGUGUCUUACACAAGAUUGUAGUUGUUGAUAGUGUAAAUGAUAGCUGCUCGUCAUCAAAGUCUGCUAUGGAACUUGUCAAAGCUUCCAUGAAAACUGAAGCAGAUGACAGGGGAGAGUGCUCCUCCUCGAGUGUGACGUUCACCGAGGUCUUGGGAGAAGGUAUGUCAGCUAGAGAUUUAUGCAUCGCUGUACUUAGAAGCCAGGGCUUUCUCAGAGCUGUUAAAUCUACUAUGACUCAUGCUUCUGAUGAUGGUUUUGGAGGUAGUAGUGAUAGCAGCUGUUCUCGGUCAUGCAAAAUGUGUGGUAAUUCAGGAACUACCCUGAAGCUUCUAAUUUGUGAUACUUGUGAAGAGGCCUAUCAUCUUUCUUGCUGUAAUCCCCCUAUAAAAAACAUUCCAGAAGAUGAUGAAUGGUUUUGCCAAUUGUGUUUGAAUGACAAGUGCAUGAGGAAGAAAACUUCCAGGAAAUUUUCAAAUAUCAUCCAUGGAGGGGACAGAAGUAAGAAUGCAUGGAAUGAAGAUGAAUCAAAUCCUAUUGCAUUAAUGUUGAUAGAAACAGACCCAUAUAGAACUAGUGUUCGAGUUGGCAAAGGUUUUCAAGUAGAAGUUCCUGAAUGGUUGGGUCCAAGGAAUAGUGAAAUUGACGCAUUUGAUGAACUACUGCUGCCAGGAGCAUCAAGUUGUACUAGUUCACAUGAGUUGAAUACUGAAAAAUGUUUGAAGAAAGACCCUAUAGGUAACUGGCUUCAAUGUAGAGAGGUUAUAUGUGGUGUUGCAGAAGAAGGCAAUGAAGUUAUCUGUGGGAAGUGGCGCAGGGCUCCGCUUUUUGAAGCCCAAACUGAUAAUUGGGAGUGCUUCUGUGCUUUUCUUUGGGAUCCAAUCCAUGCAGAUUGUGCUGUACCUCAGGAGCUAGAAACAGAAGAAGUUCUGAAGCAACUAAAGUAUGUUGAGAUGCUGAGACAUCGGUUAGUGGCUAAACGGCGAAAGUUGAAUUGUGCAAACAAAGGCAGUUCAGUAGAUGCUGGAGGGGAUGCCAGAACUGGACAGCGGCAAUGAGAUGUUUUUGCCUCAGUUCAGAUUUCUCAUCUUUUUGGGUUAUCUUUUACAUUUGAAAUUGUACAAAUUCAAAGUGUGAAUAUUUGGAGUUGGAUACAACCUCCUUCAUUAUUUCGCAAUACUUGUCGAAAAUAUAUGAACUUUUGAGUUUGUUCUUUCUUA